GUAAUCAUAAAUCACACAUAAAACUUGUGUUACGUCAUAGCAACAGUCAGUAAGCGCCGCUCUGUCCCCUGGUGGUGAAGUUCUUUUGCUGUUAACAAUCCAAUCCUGUUAGUAGUUCAGUAAUAUCAACCACUCCUAAAUAACCGUUUCGUUUUGUCAACUGAAGCUCGACCAGGAUAUCGCUAGGAAUUCUGGGAGACCAGGUGGCAGUCGACACGAAAGUGACCGUGUAUCAGAACACCAGGUGAAGGCGUACAUAGUGAGGCAGGCCUGUUAUCGCGCACUGUUUGAAUUGCCACUCUCUCAACUACAACCACGUGACAGUUAUGGCACCGUUGAGGCUGUUUGUAGCCAUCUGCUUCACAUUAUGUCUACCAGAAUAUGUGAUGCUACUGACAAUCACAAGAUUAUCUGUUCCAUCUUUAAUAGAAAACGGUACAGAAGAUUCCGUUAUUUUAGAUUGUCAAUAUAAUUAUACCAAAGAAGACGAAAGGCUGGUUAUUAAGUGGUAUCUGAAUGAUGAUCCAGAGCCUCUGUACCAGUGGAUACCAGAAAUAAACCAACGACAUGUUAGUGAAAGACUUAAAAACCGACUUAAUUUAGAAUAUAUGGUUUCUCAAUCCGAUCGAUUCACUAAAUAUCGUGCUAUGAAUAUCAUUCGCCCCACGGUAGAAUUAAGUGGAAAAUAUUCCUGUCACGUAUCCUCCUUAUUAGGACAAGAUCUGGCCGAAAAGUUUAUGAUAGUUUACGCUCCUGCUAAGAGGUUUGAUUUCAAUUUUACUAAACCAGCUCCAGAUAUGUUGAAGGUAACGUGUGAAGCAGAAGGUAUAUAUCCCAAACCUGUCAUGAAUAUGUACGAAAUGAUCACGGACGAAAGUAAACAGAUCAACGAUAUCGAAAUUCAGACUUCAAAAACUGAAAAUUUCUACAAUAUUUUUAUAAGUAAAACAUUCAACGAUGAUGAACUUUGUCAAGAGGAUACGGUGAUGUUCGAGUGUAUAUUAACAAUACCGGGAACGACGUACAGGAAGCAAGUUCAACUUUCGUAUUUCAUGGGUGACAUUGAGAAUUUUUCUAACAGAAACAUGCUAUCUGUCUUCCUGCUGGCACUACUAUUUAUACAUCUCUGACAUUUGCAACAAGUGGGAUGAAUGUUCCAGAAUUUUUUCUAAAAAUGUAUAACAAAACCAAAUUUUGAAUACCAAAGACUACCAGCAAAAAUAAUCUUUUUGUAAAUACUUUCAAUUUAAAAAUAACUGAAGAAUGUUUUUUUAAAUUAUUUUAUUUAUAUUUUAAUAUAAACCCAUGUUAUUCUUAUUUAAAUUGAAAAUAUGCAACAAUUAUUAUUUAUUAAACAACUUCAAAAUUUCAAUUAUGCAAAAUUUUGAUUAUUAUUCUUGUAUAAAAACAGAAGCUAAUGAAGUAAGCUGUAGAUUAAUUUGCCUUGAAAAAAUUUAAUAUAAAUGAAAAUAAUAAUAUAUUUAAAUAACUAUAUU